AUGAGUGUUUCAUUCUUACGUGCAUAUCGUCUGCUUCAACAAGUGCCUGUCACUCGACGUCGUUUUCAUACGGGCAUUGUAACGAGCUUCCCUGAGAUCCCAUUCAAACUCGCUGAUAUUGGCGAAGGAAUUGCAGAAGUUGAAGUCUUGCAAUGGUUUGUCAAAAGUGGUGAAAAGGUCAAACAAUUUCAAAAUGUAUGUGAAGUACAAAGUGAUAAGGCGACAGUCGAGAUCACAAGUCGAUACGACGGAGUCGUGACUAAAGUUUACUAUGAAGUGGGUGAGAUGGCCAAAGUAGGGACGACACUUAUUGAUAUUGACGUGGACGAAGCUACAGCUCGUAAACAAGGAGGUGGCAAAAAGAAGGCGUCAUCUGGAGCACCAAUUCCCCGUAAAGCGUCUACUCUAGUCUCGAAAGACGUGGAGGCUGUAACUACUUCUGUAGUGGCAGCUACACCACUUUUGUCGAGGAUUCUUGAUGCUCCUCGUCGAGUCGGCGAUGGUGAGAAGCUCCUGACGUCGCCAUCAGUGCGACGGUUGGCUAUGGAGCACAAUAUUCAAUUACAUGAGGUUGAAGGCACGGGACCGGAUGGCCGUAUUCUAAAGGGAGAUCUACUGGAGUUCAUCAGGAUGCAAGCGGCAAAGAAGCUUUCCAGUUCUGCUACAUUGACUGACGAGACUGUUACAGCUAUGUCACUUUUUCCUGAGAAAGGACUUAAUGCAACGUACUUGCAACAAGACAUGGUAGUACCGCUGACACCUAUUCAGAAAAUGAUGACCAAGUCGAUGAACUUGGCGUUGCAGAUACCUCAUUUUGGGUAUGCCGAUGAGAUUCGAAUGGAUGCACUCUAUGAGCUCCGGAAAGAGUUGAAGCCGCUUGCCGAGUCUCGUGGUGUAAAGCUGUCUUUUAUGCCUUUCAUCAUCAAGGCUGCAUCACUGGCGUUAAGGCACUACCCUAUGCUGAAUGCUACGUUAAACGAUAGCGAGACGGAGCUCACGCUGCUUGCUUCACACAACAUUUCGGUAGCUAUGGACACACCGACAGGUCUGAUUGUACCAAACGUCAAAAACGUCCAAACGAAGAGCGUAAUCGAGAUUGCUGAAGACCUUCAUCGUCUACAGCAACUAGCGGACGUGGGCAAGCUUGCACCUAGCGAUCUGAGCGGGGGCACGUUCUCCAUAUCCAACAUCGGGAGUAUUGGCGGCACAUACAUGAGCCCCGUCCUUAUGGUUCCUCAAGUGGCAAUCGGAGCUAUUGGCCAGAUUCAGAAGCUUCCUCGGUACGACGCAGAGGGAAACGUUAAACCUGUGCGUUUGAUGAAUGUAUCUUGGAGUGGCGAUCACCGUGUGAUUGACGGAGCGACCAUGGCACGCUUUUCAAACCAGUGGAAGGGAUACUUAGAGACACCAGUGAGUAUGCUGACAGAAAUGAGUUGA